UUACAGCUGUAGUCCUAUAGGGGCUGUAUUAGGAUUCUUAACGAGUCUUUUUAGGUCAAGACUUUUCCUUCGGGACGCCUUAGAACUGCGGCAAGCAGACCUAUAAGAUCCAGUUUGCAGUAUGCACAAAUACAGGCCCACUGGCUGCAGGCGGGUUGAAACAAUUCGCUGCCUCAUGCAGCUGUAGCGGGGGCUCGGAGCAUGUAGAGCCGGAAGGUGCUACUCUGUCCUACUGUUGAAUGCGUGCUGUCGGCUGAACGAAGAGCUGGGAACUAGAGACAGGAGAGCGGAGAAAUCUGACCACCGGGACGAGACCAGAAAGAAAAAAGGUGGAGGAUGGACACACGCCGGACCGCGGUCACUUCAGUCCCCGAGGUCAGCAGCGCUGCCUCCGCCGGGUUGUGACUCUCCGGGCUCCGCGGAGGUGUUCGGUGGACGUCGCUGGCCAAACGGCACAGGACGGUACGGACACUUAGCGGGCUGCAGCAAACUGUGUGCACCACCUUGCAGUGAAACAUCCCCCCCCUGGAGAAUAAAGCAUCUGGUAGCUCAGACUGGAAGAAAGAGCACACUGGGACGUACAGCAUCGCGGAAUUAUUGAUAGAUAGGCUACAACACAAGCUCCCGCCAAGGGUUUAACUGGACACCAACAUGGGAAAAGAAGUCUCAGUCACCUUUUAAGAUGUUUCCUCACCACAGAGAAAGGGAGCAGCCGAUCUUCUGCGCCCGGGCCCAUGUUUUCCAGAUCGACCCCACCACCAAGAGGAACUGGAUCCCCGCCAGCAAACAUGCCGUCACCGUGUCUUUCUUCUACGAUGCCAACCGUAACGUCUACCGCAUCAUCAGCGUGGGUGGGACCAAGGCAAUCAUCAACUGCACCGUAACACCCAGCAUGACGUUUACCAAGACGUCCCAGAAGUUCGGUCAGUGGGCGGACAGCAGGGCCAACACUGUGUACGGGCUUGGUUUUGCUACCGAGCAACAGCUGCACCAGUUCUCCGAGAAGUUUAAGGAGGUGAAAGAUGCAGCUCGUCUGGCACGAGAAAAGUCACAGGAUAAAGAACUGGCCAACACGGCGCUAAGCAUCGCUGCUCCUCAGUUCUCACAGGACCUCUCGGAUGAACUCCAGUCUCCACCGGUGAUGUGUGUGAAUGGACCCGAGGACAAGCUGUUUCGCAGCCAGAGUGCGGACAUCACGUUGUCUUCUGAAAAGGAGCGCAUUAAAAAGAUGCUCUCUGAAGGGUCUAUCUGUGAGAUGAACCUGGAAGCUGAGUUCUUCUCUCUGCAGGACAGCAACACCAAACUGGUGGCAGCUCUGCAUGAGGCUAAUGCUAAUGUGGAGCAGUGGAAGAAACAGCUGACUGCAUAUCAGGAGGAGACGGACAGACUCAGAGAGCAGGUGGCUGAGCUCGAAGCCCACGGAGGCCACGGGCCCAGUGACCGGCUGAAGGAUGAGCUGACCCAGUCCCUGGAGGAGCUGGAGGCCCUGCUCAAGGCCAAAGAUGAGGAAAUCCACAUUUUGCAAAGCAAGAAAGUAGAGUACCACGAGAUGGAACACGACAGGGAUGAGGCCAUUCACAGAUUACGGGAGACAGAGAUGCGUAAUGCAGAGUUGGAGCGUCGCAUCCAGAACACGGAGCAGAACCUGAAUAACUCUCUGGAGGAUCGGGAUCGCAUGGACUCUGAAGUCCAGAGGGCCAUCGAAAUUCUGGACAUCAAGAUCUUUGACCUCAAUGAUCUUCGCCAGAGCCUGGUUAAACUCAUCGACAAAUAAUCCAACCCAAGAAAGAGAGACGGAACAGAUGACGGGGUUAUCUUUGUCGUGGCCAGUGCAGCGGGGCGGGAAGAAGAAAUCAAGAUGGAGCUGGACCGGUCCUCGUCAAGCACAAAAAGCAUCUUCUCAGCUGCAGGGGGGGGUGCUCCACGUCAGUGUUGCAGCAGUGGCUGUGCUCUGCAACACACUGCAGGUGUUGGGCUAGGCAACAGCACAUACAUUGUUUUGCUUGUCCAGUCUAAUGUAACGCUUCAUGUUGCUUUCAAGGGGUAACACUUAAUGCAAUAAAACCAACUUUAAGGUAAGUAUUUAACAUGGCUAGACGUUUCAUAUUGAGAAUUGGUGCUUGUAGUUUUUCAUAAGUAUGACUUUUUAUAAAUCAAAUGCCGAUGCAGUGUCAGUAUGAAUGAUAAGAGGCCUUUGUUUUUCUCCUUUUACACUGACAGGUUGAUAUUUAAACAUCUUUACAACAAAAUGAGACCAUGAAGUGAACGCAAAUAA